AUGAUACAUUAUUGGACGCCACAUGUGGAGAGGUUAAAUUUUCACUUAGAGCACCAGAAGAAUGUUGUCUAUGGUGAAUAUCAGCCCCUCGACGAGAUUGUGGAGAACCAAACGGUUAAGCAAAGGCAGUUCAAAGCUUGGUUUGAGGUGAACAAAAAAUACGAAGAGGCUCGGUCACUCACUUAUGCUGAGUUCCCUAAGUUGGCUUAUGACAAUGAAUCUUUGAAGACAGAUCAUGAAACAUUGGUAACACAAUUGAUUGAAGAGUCAAAGCAUGUUUACAACUCCGUGAUGAAUGAGAUUGAUUCGAAUGGAGGUGGAUUGUUCUUUGUGUAUGGUUAUAGUGGAACAGACAAGACGUUCGUGUGGAAAACGUUAUCUUCAAAUAUAAGGAAUCGUUGUGAUAUUGAUUUUAAUGUUGCUUCGAGUGGAAUAGUAUCUUUGUUUUUGCCAGUAGUUAGGACGACGCGUUCCAAAUUUGAUAUACCACUCUCUUUGAACGAAGAUUCCACAUGCAAUAUAUCACAAGACAAUGACCUUACUGAGCUUAUAAUAAGCAGCAAAUUGAUAAUAUGGGAUGAAGCACUGAUGACGCACAAACACUAUUUUGAGGAUUUAGAACUAACCAUGAGGAAUCUAUUGAGGUUCGUUAUAUCGGGUAGUGCGGAAAAGACUUUUGGUAAAAAUACAGUAGUUUUGGGCGGCGAUUUUAGACAGAUCUUACCCGUUAUUCCGAAAGAACCGAGACCAGUAGUUGUAGAGCCAUUAUUAAUUCUCUGUACCCCUGGACAAAUUGCAAAGUAUUAA